CAUUUCCGGAACACCGGUAUUCACUCCUGAUUGAUUCUCUGCAGUUGCAGUUUGUUUGAUGAGGAGAGGUACAGUCGGAGUAGCCAGCUAGGGACAUUGUUAUUGAUAGCAUGCCCUGACAUUUUCCAUCGAAGGGGCUUGCAUGGUGGGCGACGGUCGUCUGAAUUAAGGUGACUGUCCAAUGGCUUCCUGUGCACCAAGGCUAAAAAGAGACUGACUCCUCCUAAGAUUUUGAAACAGCUGGAUUGUGCUUCUUGAGACAGUACUCAUUGACAAGUCAAUCACCAAUGAUGUAAAAAUAAAAUGAAGACAUAGCGAGCUACUUCAGACUUCCUAAUUUUAGGAGUGUCCGUUUCAUUUAGGCAUUUUACCACACAGAAGGUGUGCCAGAGGAUACAAAGAGGACCAAAAAGUUGUAAAACAAACUAACUGGAAGAUGUUUUCAGCUUUGAAGAAGCUGGUGGGCUCUGAGCCUGGACAGCUGAGGGACAAAAAUAUUCCUGCUGGACUGCAGUCAAUGAACCAGAGUCUGCAAAGAAGGUUUGCCAAGGGAGUGCAGUACAACAUGAAAAUUGUCAUCCGUGGUGACCGAAACACGGGCAAGAGUGCCCUGUGGCAUCGAUUACAGGGAAAGAAGUUUCUAGAAGAGUACAUUCCCACACAGGAGAUUCAAGCCACCAGCAUCCACUGGAACUACAAAACAACAGAUGACAUUGUCAAGGUGGAAGUCUGGGAUGUGGUGGACAAAGCAGGGAAAGGGAAGAAGCGAGGAGAAAAUCUGAAACUGGAAAACGAACCCCAGGAGUCUGACACUGAGAUGGCUCUGGAUGCUGAAUUCUUGGAUGUCUACAAAAACUGCAACGGCGUUAUCAUGAUGUUUGACAUCACAAAACAGUGGACUUUUAACUACAUCAUGAGAGAGCUCCCCAAGGUACCAACCCAUGUGCCAGUGUGUGUGCUAGGAAACCAGAGGGACAUGGGUGAACACCGGGUUAUCCUGCCUGAUGACACACGGGAGUUCAUAUCGAACCUGAACAGACCCCCUGGUUCCUCCUACAUCCAUUAUGCAGAGUGUUCAAUGAAGAAUGGCUUUGGUCUCAAGUAUCUCCACCGUUUCUUUAACAUCCCCUUUCUACAACUCCAGAGGGAGACUCUCCUUAGACAGCUUGAGACCAACCAGCUGGACAUAGAUGCCACUUUAGAGGAACUCAAUGUUCAGCAGGAGACUGAGGACCAGAACUAUGACAUUUUCAUGGAUAUGAUGGAGGCCAAGGGGAAAGGAUAUAACUCUCCCUCCAAUGGCCAGAGUCCCUCUUCAGGCUCCCAGUCGCCCAUUGUCCCCCAGAGUGGACCCUCCACUCCUGGGGCAUGCUCAAGCCCCUGCACCCCCCAGCCCCCACUCCCACCCCAGACUGUACCUACCCCAAGCCCAGCCCAAGUACCUACUCCUUAUAAUGCUAAUCCCCCUCAGCAACCUGCCUCUUCUACUGGCCCAGGUCAGACACAGCAUCCCCUGGCUUCCCCACAGAACAUGGAGGCGGCCCAUCAGUCCACCCAGUCGCCCAGUGGUGGCCAGGUGACCGCUCCCCAGAAACGGGGCUUCAUGUCAAGGCUGUUUGGAUCUGCCAUCCCUGAGACAUCACCUAAAACGGAUGGCCUAGGGUCAGAUUGCGGCCAGCCCACGGGAAAUAUCCAAAAUGUGGAUGACUUUGUACCAGAGGUGGGCCUGGACCGGAGUUUCCUGGAGGAAGGGGCUUCAGGAGCUAAAGCCAAGGAGAAGGCCCGCAAAGCAGCUAAUAUGGACAGUGACAGUGAUGGGGAGGGCAGAGGAGGAAACCCCAUGGUCUCAGGGUUCCAGGAUGAUUUGGAUCCUGAAGAACUGUGCCAAGCUGUGCCUAAGGCCAUGGCUGCUCCCAGUCUGGGCAUCACCCUAACCAGUGAUGAAGAGGAAGAGGCCACCAUAGCACCCAAACCCAACCUGGAUGGAGGCUCAAGUCUGGACAGUAAACUUCUCAGAAAAAGAAUCUCUUCCAAUGGAGCAAAGACUCAAAACACAACAGGAGAGUCCAAGACACCCACAGGCCUAAAGAUGGAGCCUGUGUCUUUUCUAAAUCCCACCCCAGUCCCAGUGCAGUCUAACCGGGUAAACAAGAAGGAAGCAGACAAAGACUCAGAUACCGAUCAAGAGGCCCAUGUGUCCAAGCAGAUGCUCUCUUUUGUCAUGGAUGACCCAGACUUCGAGAGUGAAGAAUUUGAGACAUCUAAGAAAAAGGAGCAUACCAUUUUACAAGACGAUCCAUCUGACCUAUCCGAUGACAGCUUUGUACCCAGGACAACACUGGACCUUCUCAAACCCACUGUCCUUUCUUUGAAGAGCCAGCCGCAGAACGAAGUGGACUUGUUUGGCCUAGGCUUCCAGAAAGGGGCGUCCAAGAGCAAAGACAGCAGUGAGGACCAAGACGAUAAAGACAGUAGACACUCAAUAAAAGAUAAGAAGAAAAAGAAGAAGAAAAGUAAAGAGGAUGAUGACAAAAGCAGCAAAAAGCGACACAAACAGAAGAAAAAAGAAAAAGAGGACUCAGAAAAUGGGGACGAGAAAGAGAAAAAGAAAAAAAAGUCUAAAACCAAGAAAAGCGGGAACGCUGAUGACCUUGAGUCCUUCCUAGGAGGGGGGGACGGACUAGUUAAAGGUGAGGGCGGAGACUAUGAGGAGCUGUAAAACGGAUCUUUCCAAUCCCGGUACUAGUCUGCAGUGUAAUAUCAUGAAUACGAUGGUGUUAUGACCACCUGACUAUUGGCUAAAUAACCAUGGAUCUGCACCUUCAACUGAUUUCAUCUCACUCUUCCAGAGACCACAUUGUGGUACCUAUUUUUAUCAUUAUGAGUUUAACUUUGUGUUUAUUUAAUAUUCUGUUACACUUUAAACACAAUGCUACGUUGACGCAACAAACACUUAAGUUUGACACAGCUGUAGCUCAUGUUGGGAUGCCUUCUGGUCAAACUUAAAGGACAAAACAACUUGUUUUUAGAUUGAAGUGAUCAUUCUUGGGUAACAUACAGUAUUCAUUAAAUGUUCUAGCUACUUUCCAUUUCUGUCGACUUUUUUCAUUAGGUACAGUAGAUUGCUGAACUAACAGAUCUGGAUAAAGCUUUUAAAAUUGACCUCAGUCAAGAGU